AUGUCCCAGGAUGUUGGGUAUCCGCAGUCCAAUAGUAGUCUCAUGCUUGCAGAUGAUGUUAUUCACUUUAUUUCCUCCAUGAUGGAAUCCGCCACUGACGAAGAAGUGCGGGAGGCUUUAUUACUAUUACGAAUGCAAAGUGAAAAGAGAGACGCUUCUCUUCUUGUAGAGACUACACCACAAAAGACUGAAAACGAUGGGGAAAAGAAAGAAUACAGCACCUCAACACCAAUAAAAACAACAACAACAACAAGAGAAAAGGAUGAUCGUAGGGGUGGAAAUACGAAUAGUAGUAAUAGUAAUAGUAAUAAUCUCAAUUAUCAUGUGGCUUUCUGUGAGUUUGUAUAUUAUCAAACAUCCACAGAUACAUCUCCACAGCGAAGAGUUGUGGCCACAUAUGACUUGCGAAGAUUAUUUCAUCCCCAAUCGGAUACAACACACUCUACUGUAUUCAUCACUCCAAGUAAAUCCCCAGCAAAGGAAGGCAUUAUGGGAUCUACUACUACUACUACUACUAAUAUUAAUACUAAUAUUAUUACUACACCCUUCACUGAACAGAGUGGAGAAACUGGAGAAAGUAGAGAAGAAAGGGCGUGGGUUCCAUUACCCUUUUCACAGUCAAUGGUGAGUUGUAUUCUUGUUUCUUUGAGAAAUAAUAGUGAUGGAAUAAUAAAUACAUCAACAAUAUCAACAACAAAUGAACCUUUGACAUUGCGACAACUUAACAUUCAUGCUGUUGGUAUGCGGCAACCACUGGAAGGAUUGCAGGCUGUCCUACAAUGUGUGUAUGAACCCAUUCUACGCACACAACGGGAAGUUGUUUUGCGUUCACAAAUGCAAGAUCUCGUUAGUUCUAUUCGAUCUCGUUAUCAAUUACUUGCAGAGGUGGAUUUAAAACAAUUUGUACAUUCCGAUCUCCUUGAACUCUGUGUUUCUUACCCAACAGCAGAUGAACAACAGUUACUGGAGAUUAUUGGUCUUGAUAAACGUACAGAUCCAAGUUUCCUACAGCAGUUAAUCUCUGUUCGACACGGUUGUUCCUCUGUUCUUUCUGUGAAGUUUGAUAGAAGAGAAAUAUCAAGUGUGCGUGAUGAGGUAGCGUACUGGCAAGCCGUUUUACGUUGGCUUGAAAAUCUCCUUCGACAACUUCAAAGCCGUGAAUGGCGACUUCUUCACCGUCUCCUCAGUAAUCGUGUAGAGACAAGUUAUGAGAUGGAGUUUAAACAACAUGUUCAACUCGUACAGGAGUAUUUAGCUCACUUGCGAGAUGUGCCAUUUCAACAAAUUGAUAGUGUAGAAGAACAGGAUUAUACCGCAUUGGUACAAACUAUAUUUGAUUCUAUUACACGUCCAACACGAUAUCCAGCAUCACAGAGUAUGCGUUUACUGGAUAGUAUUAUGCGAGAAUUAGCAGAGAGACUUGUUGUUCUUAUUACCCGACAUGAUAUUCUGCAUAUGCAAACACCAGAGGCUCAAUUACAAUCACUACGGAGAAUUAUACAUGAACUCCAUCAUCUACAGCAGCAAUAUACACAAGCUGCAAAGUUCUUUCGAUCUGAAGGACUUUCAUCUUCUUCCAUAUCGUCUAUUAUACCCACACAUGACGGAAAUCAACAAUCCCAACAACAACAACCACAACAACAAAAUCAAAAUCAACAACCUUAUCAUUUAUUUGUUUUGAUCCGUGCACGACAGUUGUGGACGUUUGUGAAUGAACACUUUCAUUACGAACGAGCCUUACGACAAACAUUUUCAGAUGGUAGUCUUAUGAUGAAUAGUCCUUCUACCUUUUGUGCAGAACUGACAGAGGCGUAUGAUCGAUUUACAGCGGAAGUCACGGCAUCUGGAAGUUUAUGGGAUAUAAGUACAACCGGCACGGCAGAGUUUCAACGGGCUCUCACGGCUUAUGAACGUCAAUUAUCAAAUAUUGAUGAUUGUCUUGCUCGGCUUGUAGGUACAAUGUUAGCAACUGCGCAGGAAAUGAGUAAUAAUAAUAAUAAUAAUAAUAAUAAUAAUAAUAAUAAUAAUAAUAUUCAUUCCAUAGGCACCACCACUUCCUCUUCCACUGCGGCUGCGGCUAUUGCGGCUGUUGCUGUAACGGCAGGAAGAGUUGGAGAGAGAAAUAGUGGUCCUUCGCUUUAUCGCAUUUACGCAAGAUUUUAUCCACUUCGACGUGAAAAGAUACAAGCCGUUGUAUCUGGUUUUCAAAUGGCAUUAUUAGAACAAAUCAAUCGAGAAAUGAAAGAUGUACGAGAACAAUACUUUGAUACGGAACGUUGUCAAGAUGCGAUGCGAAUUUGUGUAGCUCGUUUUGGUGUUACUUCUGUGGUGGCUCGUAUGAUGUGGGAAAAGUCUAUAUUACGUGAAAUUGAAGCCUAUCUGGUUAGACGUGAUGCUAUUUCCGAAACUGGAUGGCAUCAAUUACUCCUUUUACGUACAAUUGAACAUCGCUGGUGUUUAAAUGAGCAACUCGCACAGUUUAUUGGUCAUCCAUUACAAGAUCUUAUUACAUGUGAAUUGGAGUUAGACUCGGAAGUCCAUGGUACGGCAUAUGCACUUGCCUAUCUUGAGAUUGUACAUGCAAAAGAUGAGGUGGAAUGGUCACGGGAUGCUUAUAUACAAAAUGCACAACAGUUUGUACUUUUAAAUGAUCCACAUGCGCUUAGUUAUGCCAAAUCACGUUUAAUGCUUAUUUGUGUGGGUGAUAAACGUGGAACGGCGGCGAAGAAUAAUAAUAAUAGUAAUAAUAGUGGUAGUGGUAAUAAUAAUAAUAAUAGUAAUAAGAAUAAUAAGAAUAGUAGUAGUCAUAAUAAUAAUAAUGAUGAUGUACGUGAUGUGAGAAACUUCUGUGAUACCAUUGAACAGAGACUGCAAGAACGUGUAGUUCAAUGGUGUGAAGAUGUCCGUCAUCGCAUUGCGGCACUUGAUGUAUUCCCAGAUACAUUAACGAUGAAGGGUCGUUUGCUGAAGCUAGUGGAAAUACGAAGUGGUAUACAUAAUAAAAACAAUUCCAGUAAGAGUCAUAGUGGUAAAGAAAAUAAUAAGAAUAGUAAUAAUAAUAGUAAUAGUAAUAGUAAUAAUAAUAAUAAUAAUAAUAAUGAUAAUGAUAAUAAUAAUAAUAACGAUAAAAGUGGAAUAUAUACAAAGCGUAUGGUUAUGCCUCAUAUUCCACGUCAGAUGUUUGCACUUUUACGAGAUCUACACAUGUUGGAUAGUAUGCGUCUAUUAACUCAACAUGCACAACUUGUAAGUGAUAUACGUUCCUUUUUCCGUCAUAAUGAAGAACGUUUCCGUAUUGCCAAUUGCCUUACAGAACUCAUUAACGCCUUUGAGGCUGCUGUGAAUGGUGAAGAUGAGUUAAUGAUCCAUCUCGCCACUGAGGAUUACAUUCGUGUUUAUCAAUCCUUUCUCGAUGGAGCCCAACUUCGCUGGUCAGAUGAUGGACGUGUUCAGCAAUUCCUACAGGAACUCUCUGAACGUGUGUAUGCCUUUAGUCUCGCGGCGGCUCAAGUACGUGAGAUCGCAGCGAAUAUGGAACGUGGGAUUUUACUCCUGCGAGGCCGACAAAUUCAAAAAGCAGAAAUGAUUGUUUUCCGCGUAGAGGAAAUGUGUGCACUUGUGAAUAGUCUCACCCUAAAGUGUUGUGUCCAUACAGAAUGGUGGAUUCGACAACUUCAACCCCGAUUAAAUGCGGCAAUGCUUUGGCAAAUAGAAGAACACCUGCGGCGAUGGACGGAUGAGUUUCUCUCAAUGGGAAGAGAUCCGAAGUUUUUGGAUCCCCGCGUGGAAACAGAAGAGUUUCAUCUCAAACCGUUACGGGUUCGUAUGCGUGUGGUGUUUAAGGAGAUUGGAUUAUCCAUGUCGGCUGCGGCGUGUAGACAUCAUUGGUUGGGGGAAUUAAAUCGUUCUUUUGCUUGGGUGCAUAGAAUGCCAACACUACUGCAAGAAUCACAACAAUCACAACAAGAACAACAAUCACAAUUGCAAUCAUCAUCAUCAUCAUCAUCACAGCAAAUGAUUUCUGAUUUAACAACUGUGAGUACAACAACAACAACAACAACAACAACUCCAACAGCUUCAUUAUUCUCUACAAUCACAUCAGGAGGAGGGACAUAUGAUAGAUUGUUAGAGUGGAUAGAUAUACGUUCGCUUGUAGAACCAUUACAAGCCAUUGAGAAAUGUAUUCAAGAUACACUUGAAGUGGAAGCUCAAUGGCGAAUGGGUCAACAACUAUUGAAUAUUGAAGUUGGUGUACUUCAACAACGACUUGGAGAUGAUCUUAAGAAAUGGGGAGAUGCGUUACAACAAAUACGUGAAUUAGCAAGUAAACAAAUGGAUUAUACACAACCUAGUACACUUGUAGGAGGAAUUGUAAUUGUAGCUGAUGAUGCUCAAAAAGAACUUGGAAGGAAACUUGAUAAUAUGACCCAGUAUGUACAUUCACGAUAUCGUGAUGUAGUAGAGAAAUGGUUAGAAUCAUGUUAUCAUCAUAUUAUAGAAGAACGUGCAUUGGCAGAAAAUUGUAAUGUGAUUAACGAUACAGAUGAUGCUGCGAAAUUCCUUUGUCAAUUACCAACAAUUCAAACAAGUUUACAAGAUACAGAAAAACGUAUUGCCUCACUAGCACCUGCAGAAGAUUAUUUAAAACGUCAAGGAUUUUCACUACCGGAUUCUUGGAUUCAUGUUCGAAAACUAAAGGAAGAGUUUCGUGCUUAUCGUGAACUUAUUGAUCGUAAAAUGAAGGCAUUAGAAUUCCGACGUCCAUUCCUACGAGAAGCGGUUAAAUCCCAAGAAGAAGAACUACGACGUCAUAUUGAUGAACUUGAAUCUGCUCUUCAAGAUAUGGAUAUUCAAGUACAACAACAACAACAACAAUUCUUAGAUCAAGAAGAAACUGUAGAAUCUUUACAUAAUCGUUUUAGUGAAUUACAAGAUCGUGUUAGUCGUUUACGAACAAAGAGAGAACAACUCUUAAAUGUUCAAGGUGCUCUUAAUGUCCCACUCCUAUCCGAGGUGAAAUUAGAAGCCAUCACUGCACGAAUGGAAGAACUUCAAUGGGUAUGUGAUCAUAUUGCCUGUGCUUAUCAGAGAUUAGCUGUACUUGGUCGAACCCCAUUCUUUGAAAUGGCCCCACGGCAAUUACAUGAAGAUCUUCUCACUUUAGAAAAGGAAGUACGGGAAUUCCCAGAAGCUGUUCGUAGUCAUCAAGCAUAUAUGGAUUUACAACGUAGUAUUGAAAAUCGUCUGGCUUGUAGACGAUUAAUGGAUGAAUUAAGAUCUGAUGCGAUGGCACCAUUAGAAAGAGCUGAACGACAUUGGGUUACACUGAAAUCACGAUUACAUGUUUCCUGGAGAUUAGAUAUCUUAACAGUAGGAGAUAUUUGGCGUAGUGAUCCCAUAGUAAAUGCAAAGGUCUAUCAUGAUGUAUUAGAGUUUGCACAAGGUGAACGACGAUUAGAAGCUCAAAUGGUACGUAUUAUUUCCUUUUGGAAUGAAUUUGAAUUCAGUACAACACUUUAUCAACAACAAUUUGUACUUAUUAGAGGAUGGGAUGUUGUUUUUGAAAGACUUACAGAUGAUUUGGAUUCUUUUCAAGGACUUCGAUCAAGUCCUUUCUUUACUUCACAACAUGUUAUUGCUAUGGUUACAGAUUGGGAAAAUAGACUCAAUCUUUUACGACGGGUACUGGAAGUACUUAUGGCUGUUCAAAGACGUUGGGUUCAUUUAGAUGGUAUUUUUACUGGAAAUGCCGAUAUUCGUCAUCAACUCACAAAUGAUGCUAUUCAAUUUGAUCGAGCCACACGUGAAUUUAUGACUUUAAUGCCUUCUAAAUCUAAUUUAGGUAUAGUACCUGUCGUGAAGGCUCAGGAAUUUCUUGAUGAUUCCAAAUUAUUACCAUCACUAGAGCGAUUGGAAGCUCAACUUUCUCGAGUACAACGAGCUCUUAGUACAUAUUUAGAUUUACAACGAUCUCAAUUUCCACGAUUUUUCUUUGUUGGAGAUGAUGAUUUACUUGAAACUCUUGGGAAUAGUAGUAAACCUGCUCUUAUAGAAAAACAUUUACCAAAAAUGUUUACCGCUAUUGCCCGUCUUAUUUGUAAUCAUGAUAAUGAUGAUAUGGUAACUCAUAUUAUAGGAUUUGGAAGUGCAGAAGGAGAAAUUAUUAAAAUUAUUCGUCCUGUGGUAUUAAAAGGACGAGCCUUACAUGAUUGGCUUGCUGAAGUAGAAACUUGUAUGGUAGAAUCUCUACAUCAAAUGACUGUAUUAGCUGUGAAUUCACUAACAGAAACAGGACGAGUAACAUCUAAGUGGAUGACAUCUUUUCCUUUACAAGUUGUUUGUUUGGCUUUUCAAGUUUGGUGGGUUCGACUGCAAGAGGAAACUUUUGCAAUCCGACAAAAAGAAGGAAAUGGAAAACGAGAAGCAUCUAGAGCCGUUACUCAUAUGGUAGAAUUACUAGAUCAAUUGGCAUUAGAUGUGACUUCACCAUCCGUAACCCAGGCAUUACGUCAGGCUAUUGAAGAACUUAUUACUAUUGCUGUUUACCAAAGAGAUGUUUCUCGAACGAUUGAAUUAAAACGUAUUAAAUCUGCUGAAGAUUUUGAAUGGUUACGUGUACUUCGAAUGUAUUUAAGUAAUGAUGGAACAGAACUACAAUGUCGAAUGGCAGAUGCAACCUUUCUUCAUGGAUUUGAGUAUCUUGGUUGGUAUAAACGUCUUGUACAAACGACUUUAACAGAUAGAUGUUAUCUUACCUUAACACAAGCUCUUCAUACACGAUUAGGUGGAUCUCCUGUUGGUCCUGCAGGUUCUGGUAAAACAGAAACUGUAAAAGCAUUAGGUAUGCAAUUGGGUAGACAUGUUUUGGUAUUUAACUGUGAUGAUACCUUUGAUUUUCAUGCUAUUGGUCGUAUUUUUCUUGGUCUCUGUCAAGUAGGAGCAUGGGGUUGUUUUGAUGAAUUUAAUCGAUUAGAAGAACGUGUCCUUUCUGCUGUUUCGCAGCAAAUUCAAACAAUUCAAGAAGCCCUUCGAGCACAGUCUCCUACAGUAACACUCGCCCAACAAACUGUACAACUACGAGAAAAUGUUGCCCUCUUUAUUACAAUGAAUCCAGGUUUUGCCGGUCGUUCUAAUUUACCUGGUAAUCUUAAACAACUCUUUCGUAGUAUGACUAUGGCUGCACCUGAUUGUGAGACUAUUGCAGAAGUAAUGUUAUUUGCACAAGGAUUUCGAACAGCAGAGACACUUUCACGGAAAAUUGUUCCAUUGUUUCACUUAUGUGCAGAACAAUUAUCACGACAACCACACUAUGAUUUUGGAUUACGUGCAUUAAAGUCUGUUCUCAUGACCGCAGGUGAUAUGCGGCGAGCUGCACUCCCAACGAAAGAAGAAUUAAAUCCUGAAACUUCAUCUUCUACAAGUAGUAAGACUAUACAAAGUGGGGUGACGAGUGCAUUAGAUGAUGCGGAAUGUGAAUUAGUCCUUCGAAGUCUUAUCCUUAGUGUCACCCCACGUUUAGUUACCGAAGAUGUUUCCCUCUUCUAUCCAUUAUUACGAGACUUCUUCCCUGGUCGUCCACUUCCAGAUGCUACUAUGACGGCACUGCGAACGGCAAUUGAAGAAGUCUGUCGUGAGAGUCGACUGGCGGCCACACCGGCGUGGGUAGAGAAGAUCUGUCAAUUAUAUCAUACACGUAAAAUGCGGCAUGGACUUAUGUUGGUAGGGGCCAGUGGUACAGGGAAGACAAGUUGUUGGAAAACACUCUUGCGAGCCAUGGCAAGACUCCCUAUUGAUAUAGAAGAGGAAGAAGAAGGGGAAGAAGGGGAAGGGGAGGAAGAUCAUAAUAAUGAAGAAAAUGAUCCUAAUGAAGAUAUAAAUGAGAAUUUUAAUCAUGGUGAAAAGGAAAAGAAAGAUAAAAGAAGGAAUCGUAGUCCACUUGAGGCUCAUGCGUAUGUAAUUGAUCCUAAAGCCUUAAAAAAAUCAGAUUUAUUUGGUGUAUUUGAUGCCACUACACGUGAAUGGAAAGAUGGUGUAUUUACAGAAAUCCUUCGCCGUAUUGUUCGAAAUGAAAUGGGUGAUAAUCGUGCCCAUCAACAACAUUGGAUUGUCUUUGACGGUGAUGUAGAUCCACAUUGGGUGGAAAAUCUUAACUCCUUAUUGGAUGAUAAUAAAGUAUAUACACUUCCAAAUGGAGAACGUCUUAGUCUUCCACCGUCUGUGCGUAUUGUGUUUGAAGUGCAAGAUCUUCGUUAUGCUACUCCAGCAACUGUAUCCCGUUGUGGUAUGGUGUGGUUUAGUCGUGGGACUAUUCCAAUUACAAGUUUAUUAAAUCGACAUUUAAGUGCUUUUCAUCGUAUACCAUUAGUUCGUAAGAAUGGAAAAAGACGUUUUGCCGAUAUGGGAGAUGAUGAAGAGGAAGAGGGACAACAACAAAUACGUUCAUGUGGAAAUUAUUUCAUGGUGGCUCGUAGUGGUGUUAAUCGUGUGAAGGAAUCUUUAGAAACAGCCGCCGCUACUACUAAUACUAAUACAAUGACAACAACAGGUCCAGUAGGAGGAAGUGCUUCUGAUAUAUUAACGGAAACCAAUAGUAAUGAUCAUGAUGAGUUGAGUGGAAAUCUGAAUAACACUACUCAAAAUAAUAAUAAUAAUAAUAAUAAUAAUAAUUCUAUGCGACGUGCGAAUGUUCUCAGUAAUGUAGAACGUGAAGUAUUAGAAUUACAAGAGAUUAUGGCAAAUGAAUGGGCCUCUGCAUUUGCAAAAGAUGGUUUACUAGAACGAGCAUUUCGUAUUAUUCAUACAGAACGUUAUCGAAAACAAGCCAGUAUGGAAUUAAAUGAUUUACAACUACUUCGAAGUGUACAAUCACUUCUUCUUGAUGGUAUUUGGCAAGUAUGGAAUUUACGUAAACUACAAACUCAAAUUCCCUCUAAUAGUAUCAUACAAAAUUAUGCUAAAAAUUUAUUAGACUACGCUGUUCUUUGGGGUUUUGGUGCUUCCUUUAGUUAUGAACUUCGUAAACAUUUGGUAUUGGAUUUAGGAUUUUCACAAGAAGUGGAAGUUUACUUUACUUCUGUAAAUAAUCCUACCAGUAGUCGUAGUGGUCUUCUUUCUUUAUUAGAUAUCUCACCAGAUGCGGAAACUGGUACUUGGCGGGCUAUUAGAGAACGUGUACAGGAAACCUUUAUUCGACCUGAACAAGUGGCUUGUAGUGAUACGGUUAUUCCCACUGUAGAUACCUGUCGACAUGAGGAUAUUUUACGGGCAUGGAUUGGUGGAGGAAAUGCGGCUAUUCUCUGUGGACCGCCUGGUUCUGGUAAGACUAUGUCCAUUGCAUCUAUGCUUAAACACUUUGUGGAAUAUGAUGCGGUGUUUAUGAAUUUUUCAAGUGGAACACGACCGGAAAAUGUAAUUCGUAUAUUAGAACAAUAUUGUGUUGUGCAGAGUACGGUACGUGGGCCUGUGAUGUCACCUGCGGGAGGGAAACGAUUAUUACUCUUUUGUGAUGAAAUUAAUCUUCCCGCGUUAGAUCAAUAUGGAACACAAUCGGUUAUUCAAUUACUUCGACAAUUAAUUGAACGUGGUGGAUAUUAUCGUAGUCGAGAUAAUGCUUGGAUUACAGUAAAAGAUGUACAAGUGAUUGCGGCUUGUAAUCCACCAACCGAUACAGGACGAGUAGCACUUUCUCAUCGUUUUCUUCGUUGGGCACCCGUUUUAUUUGUAGAUUUCCCAACAGAAGAAAGUUUACAUAUUAUUUACAUCUCCUACUGUCGUGCAGUAUUAUCUUUUAAUAAAUCUCUCUUACGAACCCAAACGGAACAAAAAUUAGCACGAUCUAUGGUUGAUAUGUAUAUAGCUACACAAUCUCGUUUUAACUCAUGGCAACAACCUCAUUAUGUCUACUCCCCACGUGAUCUCUCUCGCUGGACUCGUGCCAUUCACUCCGCAUUACAAACAUGGAAUGAAUCGGAAUUACGUGGAAUUCACGUGGAUGGACUUGUGCGACUCGCCGUUCAUGAAGGACUUCGUGUCUUUUAUGAUCGACUGGUUGAAAGAUCUGAACAGGAAUGGGCAGAUGCCGCAAUUGAUAGAUGUUUUGUGGCCCAUUUCCGUGAUGCCGCAUCUCCCGCCGCUGCCCUUAGACGACCUGUCUUAUAUUCCACUAUUCUUCAUCAUACAUAUGUGGAAUCUGGAAGAGAUGAACUCAGAGCUUAUAUUGAAGAGAAAUUAGAAUUAUUUUGUGAAGAGGAAUUAGAUGCGAAACUUGUGGUGUAUGAUGCGAUGGUGGAUCAUGUUGUUCGUAUUGAUCGUGUUUUGCGGCAACCAUUGGGUCAUAUGCUUCUUGCUGGAUCCUCUGGUGUGGGAAAAACAAUUAUUGCCCAAUUGGUAGCAUGGAUGAAUGGAAUGACUGUAUUUAGACUCGGUGUUCAUCGUAAUUAUCAAUUAGAUGAUUAUGAAAGAGAUCUUCGUGAUGUAUUACGUCGGGCUGGAUGUAAGUUAGAACGUAUUUGUUUUAUCUUUGAUGAUAGUAAUAUCUUGGAAUCCAGUUUCUUAGAGUAUAUGAAUGCAUUACUGGCAUCUGGUGAGGUUCCAGGUCUCUUUGAUGGGGAUGAAUGGGGAAAAUUAAUGGAAGAAAUACGAAGUAGUAUUGAAGCCCAACAACAACAACAACAACAAAAACACUAUCAACAAGAACAACAACAACAACAGCAGCAACAACAACAACAACAACAGCAACAGCAACAACAACAACAAGGAUUAGGGUUAUCAUCAUUUAAUAGUAUGAAUACCAAUAAUCAUGGUAUGAGUACUGUUGGUGAUGCUAUUUCUGAAGAUCAUAUGGCCACAGGUCUAGAGGGACUUGAUUCUAUGGUAUCUGCCAAUUAUAUUGAUACCACUUCUGAUCAAGAACUUUAUCGAUGGUUUAUUAGUAAUGUAAAACGUAAUUUACAUGUUGUCUUUACUAUAGAUCCAUCAUCUGGAGAAUUCGCCAAUCGUGCGGUAGCAAGUCCUGCCUUAUUUAAUCGUUGUACGAUUGAUUGGUUUGGAGAUUGGGAUCGUAGUACCCGAUAUCAACUCACACGAAGACUCACUCAACAUCUUGAUAUUAUGUUUUCUUUUAAAGGAAUUUAUGAAAAAAGUGAAGAUGAGGCACGAGAUGCCUUAGCCUAUGCUCUUUGUCGUAUUCAUGAAAUAACAGAAGAUGUUAAUCGUCUUGUACGACUUCAAAAUGCCCAUUAUGGUACAUUUAUUACUCCACGACACUUUGCCGAUUGUGUACAACAAUUACAAUUAUUAUAUGAAGAAAAGAAAGGGGAAUCACGAGAACAAUUAGUUCAUCUUCGUAGUGGUCUCUCCAAGUUAGAUGGGGUUUCCGAUGAGGUGGAACAGCAACGGAUAAAACUUCGUGAACAUGAGGCGGUAUUAGAAGAAAAUAGUAAAAAAGCACAAGUUAUGUUAGAUCGUAUUAUUACAGAUACAGAAACCACUAAAAAGGAAAAACAGGCAGCAGAACAACUUCGACAACAACUCUCCGAAGAGGAAAAAACUAUUAUACUGGAUAAAGCGAAUGUCCAACAACAACUCGCAGAGGUGGAGCCGGCUUUACGAGAAGCAGAAGUGGCAUUAAAUACAAUUAAACCCGAAUAUUUGCGAGAAAUACGAGCCUACACCACUCCACCCUUAAUGGUAAAAAGAGUCCUAGAGACGGUACUUGUUGUGAUGGGAGAAAAACGAGCAGAUGAUUGGGAUGUGAUUAAACUUCAUAUUCGCCGAGAUGACUUCCUUAGUGAAGUGAAAGCCUUUCAACCACGUAGUGUAAGUGAAGAAGCCCGGGAAACUGUUCGGGUGAUGUUGCAAGAUGAUGGAUUUACAGUGGAAGCGGCCUAUCGGGCUUCUAAAGCGGCUGGACCAUUACUACAAUGGGCAAAAGCACAGAUAAACUAUGCCACUAUUUAUGCAGCGAUGGGACCUUUACGAACUCGUAUUGAACAACUUACCGUGGCUCAUGCCGCAAAACUAACCGAUUUAGCGCAAACAGAAUCUCAAAUACAUGCAAUGGAGGAAUCCUUAUUACAAUUAAAAGCAGAUUAUCAAGCCAUGACAGAGAAGAUGGCAACUAUUAAAAAUACAAUGAGUGGUGUAGCCAAAAGAUGUGAGACGGCGACAAAGUUAUUACAGCAAUUAUUAGAAGAACGUGAACGAUGGGAAUCAGAAGCGAUGAGUUUUGAUACUGAAGUUCAUACUAUUAUUGGAGAUUGUAUUCUUGCAGCUGCUUCACUUGCUUAUUUUGGUUACUUUGAUGAAUAUACACGACAAACACUUCUUUUUCCACGUUGGCGUCAAUGUUUACAGGAAUUACAAAUUCCUGUACGUGAACAUCUACGUAGUGUGGUAGAGUAUUUAGUAACUCCUAAAGAACGAUUAUUAUGGGAACAGUAUGGACUUCCAAAGGAUAAUCUUUGUGUAGAAAAUGCCAUGAUACUAAGUCGUUGUCAACGUUAUCCUUUACUUAUUGAUCCUAGUGGAAUUGCAGAUGCCUUUUUAUUACAACAAUAUGCUAAAGAUAAUAUUAAAAAGACAAGUUUUAGUAAAGUUGGUUAUUUAAAACAAUUGGAUAUGGCUGUACGUUUUGGUUAUCCUAUUCUUAUGCAAGAUGCUGAAUUUAUAGAUCCUGCUUUAAGUCCAUUAAUGAAUCGAGAAAUUCAUCGUGUGGGUGGACAUUCUCUUACACGUCUUGGUGGACAAGAUGUGGAGAUUGCCGCCUCUUUUCGUCUCUUCCUUGUCACUCGUAAUUCCCAUUAUCAACCAUCUCCUGGUGUGGCUGGUCAAGUCUGUUUAGUGAAUUUCACUAUUACAGAAUCUUCUCUACGAGCACAGUGUAGACAUCGUGUUUUACUGCAUGAACACCCAGAGUUAGAUGCCCGUCGAGCACAUGUAUUACGUGUACAAGGGGAAUAUCAAUUACGAUUACGGGUAUUAGAACAGGAAUUACUUACAUCCAUUGCACGUAGUGAAGGGGGUUUAUUAGAGAAUGAUGCCUUAACAAUUGCUCUUGGUAAAUUAAAGGCGGAAACACAUGCUUUAAAGGAAAGUAUUGCAGAAAGUGAAGCAUCUAUGCAAGCAAUUACAACAGUAGAAGCUCAAUAUGAACCACUUGCUGCUGUAGUAGCAAAGAUGUAUUUUGCAUUACGUCGUCUUUCACAAUUACAUGGACUUUAUCAUUACAGUGUAGAUUUUAUUUUCCGUGUUCUUGCAGAUGCAUUAGAUGUAUUACCCUCUCAUCACAACAUGACGAAUAAGAGUCAUGAAGUCACAAGUCCCUCAGAUAAAGAACCAAAGAAGGAAGAAGAAGAAAAAGAAGAAACAGUAUCUAAAGAAAAAGAUAUGGUACGUUUACAAGUAUUAACACGUGAAGUAUUUAAUCUUGUCCAUCAUCGUGUAAGACGUGGUAUGUUUGCCCAAGAUCAUCUUGUACUUGCUAUUAUUCUUGGAAAACUUCGAAGUGGUAUUCCUGAUAGUAUUGGACAACAGAUUACAUUAGAAGAAUGGAGUUGGUUUGAGGAUGCAUUACAUGCUCCUACUACUACUACUACUACUACUAAUACUACUACUGCCAGUGCUGUUAGUACUACCACUACGAAUACUAGUAGUAAUAAUAGUAAAAAUAUUAAUAAUGGAAAUACGGUUUCUGGAAUUCCUGUUAUUUUACGUGAAUGUGGUGUAUGUGUGCCUUCUUCUGAAAGUGCCUUUGCGGUGAUGUUGCGUAGACCACUCUUCACAGUUGUACGAGAAUCUCUAUUAAAUCCACAACAUGCGGAAUUGUGGCGUCAGUACUUCGCCUCUGCGGCUCCUUAUAAUGAAAUAUUACCACCAUUUCAUAUGAAUCCAACCAAUGCGGCUGGGGAACGUACUCGACGUGCUUUUAUCACUUCCUUUUUAUUAUUAUAUACCCGUCGAGAUGCAUUCACAUCGGCGGUGUUUGAAUUUUUGCGUCUCUUUUUUGAUGGAACAAAGACAACAACAAACAACAACAAUAAUAAUAAUAAUAAUGAUAAUAAUAAUAAUAAUAACAAUAAGAAGAAGAAUGGUGUGAUCAGUACCUUCUUUGGAGCGGAAGUUCCUGAUCUUGCGGUAGUUCAGGCCGAACUCUCUGAUCGCACGCCUCUUAUUCUCGUUUCAAAUGCCGGUAGUGAUCCCACACUUCAAUUAGAGGCCCUCGCACAGGCGAUGGAUGUUCCUUUGCGAGUAGCCGUUAUGGGAAGCACAACAGGAAUAGAAGCCGCAGAUCGUUUCUUAUCACAAGCCAUGAGUGAUGGAUUAUGGGUAUUAUUAAAGAAUAUUCAUCUCGCACGUUCCUACGCAGAUGCGGUGGAGAAACGUAUUCAUCGUGAGUGUUCAGAAGGACAUUUACAUCGUAACUUUAGACUUGUCUUAUCUAUAGAAUCUACUCCAACAUCCUCUUUAACCUUAACCACUGUUGAGGAAAAAGGAGAUGGGGAAAGUAAACGAUGUAUGGAAUCUUCUUCUUUACUUCCUGCAAGUCUUGUAGAGGCUUCUGUGGUAUUAGUGUAUGAACCUCCACCAGGGAUGAAAUCUUCUCUCUUGCAGACGGUUGGGGCACUUCAACCCUUCUCUGUACAUGCUAGUCAACCACCAGAAAUACAACGAAUCUAUUUAGCAGCGGCAUGGCUACACGCAGUGGUGAUGGAACGAUUAUUAUAUAUUCCAAUGGGAUGGACCACACGAUAUGAAUUUAAUGAUACGGAGUAUUGGCGUAUUUUACAAUCUGUGGAUAGUUGGGUUGUGGCAUCUCGUAAUAAGAAUAAUAAUAAGAAUAGUAAUGAUAAAACUAUUGAGGGUAUUCAGCGUGAUCGUAUUCCAUGGACUGCACUUCAAACUAUUAUUGGUACAACACUUUAUGGUGGUAAAAUUAUUAAUGAAUUUGAUCAAUUACUCUUAGAUUUUCUAUGUGCAGAAUUUAUGAGUAAUGUUAUCUUUGAUGAUAAUAGACCCUUUGUAUUAACAGAAGAUAAAGAAAUUAAUGAACUCCUCACGUGUAGAAAUAUUCAAUCAUUACAAGAUGUUCAAACUUGGGUACGUGCAUUACCAGAAUCAGGAACUCCAUUAUGGGCCCGUCUUCCUGCAAGUGCAUCUCGUAUUAUUUCAUCUCAACAUGCCGUCGCUACAUUAGAACGUCUCACCACAGUUCGACUUAUUGAUGAAAAGGAGAAUGAAAUUAUAAAAGGAUUUAUUAUUCACAAUGAAAAGAAUAGUAAUAAUAAUAAUAAUAAUAAAAGACCCGAAAGUGGAUCAGAUCAUAGUUAUUCUACUCCAUUACAACAAAUAACUCCAACAGGGUUUGGAGAAACACGAUGGGGACAAAAAAUAAGACGUUUCUGUACAGCAUGGCGUCGUAUAUUCGUUCCAUUAUAUGAUGCUGUUACUAUAGGAAUAAGUAAAGAAAAAGAAGAAGGAAUAUCUAAUCUUAACAGUAAUGAACCCACUAUAGUCGCUAUUGAACGUGAAUAUACCUUUGCAUUGGAUAGAUUACGUGAAAUUAUGGAUGAUUUACAAACAUUAGAACACAUUUGCACAGGAUCACGUAAACCUGUAGCCAUUCAACGUGAGAUGAUGGAUUAUUUAUUAAAAGAUCAAAUACCUCCACAAUGGUCUCGUUUCUAUCAAACAUAUCCAACGAUAGCGGAUCAAUGGAUGGCAGAUUUUCAAAAUCGAUUUACACAAGCACGUCUUUUGCAUGAGGCUGUACGAAAUAAAACUAUUGGAAGUGUAUGUUUAUCACUUGGACUUUUAUUUUGGCCUGGUGCAUUCCUUACAGCCACUAAACAACAAGCCGCACGAAGACAUAAACGCUCUCUUGAACAGUUACAACUUCGUUUAGAACUUUUAUCUGAAAAUGCCACACGUGCACAUGCGGUAAAGAAGGAAAAACAAUCCGAUGCUUGGCAUAUUAUUGGAUUAACAUUAUGUUCUGCUUGUACUUUAGAUGAGAAGGAUCAUAAGUGUAAUCUUCUUCCUGCAACUUCUACUGUACCUUCUACAACGGUUGGUGCUCUCUUAUAUUGGGAAGCGGUGGCCACAAGUACUGUAUCUGAUGGAUCUACAAUGCUUUCAAAAUCUUCAUUAUUAAUGCGAUUAGCAUCUCAAGAUAUGACGAGUGGUCGUUUGGCUACUCCAUUUUAUGUAAAUCCACGGCGUGAUGCUAUGUUAGAAGUGGUGGAACUGGAAGUGGAUCCUGUAAAGGUGAAGAUGCAGGCAUGGUAUGAACGUGCGGUGUGUCUCAUUGCCUGGUCCUCAGAGGAGUACUGA